AUGCCCUUUGCGGGCCACAUCCAUCCAAUGCAGCCCAUCGCCCUCGCCCUCACCCGCCGGGGCCACACCGUAGGCUGGCUCACUUCCGAAUCCCACGCUCACCUGGUAACGCCGACCGGCGCAACCUUCCUCCCUUCCCCGCGCGCCCUCGCCGCGCACGAUGAGACCCCCCUCGCCCCGGACCCAGACGCCUCGGGCCUGGCCGCCGUCGUCUCCACUCUCCGGAAGCUCUUCCUCGACAGGGUACCCGACCAGGUGGCAGCCUACCGCGCCGUCCUCGAGACCUCGUUGCAGGCGGACAUCCUCGUGGUGGACCUCUGCGCCUACGGCGCGCACUGCCUCCGGGACCUGACGGGCCUGCCGUACGCGACGCUGGGGAUCAACCCGCUCGUGACUUUCGACCCGGAGGUCCCGCCGUGGGGCACGGGGUGGCUUCCGCCCACGACCUUUGUCGGCCGCUGGAUCAAUGGUCUCGCGCACGCCAUCGCGAACCGGCUGCUCUACCCGAAGCUCACGACCCUGCUCAACGCCCAUCGGGCACAGCUUGGGCUGCCCGCCUUGCCGCCGUCGGGGUUCUACGAUUCAACGCGGUCGGAUAGCCUCCACAUCAUGAUCACCACGCCGUCUUUUGAAUUUCCGCGCAAGAACCUGCAUCCGGGCGUCAAGUUCGUCGGGCCGCUCCUGCCGUUAUUCACCGAAGACGCGCUCGCCCCGCCGCCCAAAUGGUGGGACGAGAUGCUCGCCCACCCGCGGGAGAAGGUCAUCCACGUCACGCAGGGCACCUACGCAACGAAUUCGGCCAACCUCAUCGGCCCCACCCUCGCGGCGCUAAAGGACCGCGCCGACCUCCUCGUCAUCGUCACAACCCCGGAUGCCGAAAACGCGUUGCCCGCAUCCACGCUCCCCGCCAACGCCCGCGUGGCGUCCUUUAUCCCGCACGCGAAGCUCCUCCCGCACGUGGGCGUCAUGGUCACGAACGCGGGCUACAACGGCGUGGUGGCCGCGCUGAGCUGCGGGGUGCCCAUGGUGUGCGCGGGGCGGACCGAGGACAAGAUCGAUGUGAGCUCUCGGGUCGCGUGGAGCGGCGCCGGGAUCGAUCUCAAGACGGAUACGCCGAGCGAGAAGGCGUUGCGGACUGCGGUGGAACGAAUCAUCGCCGACGACAAGUUUCGGAGAGCGGCCGAGAGGGUGUGCGUGGAUUUUGGCAGCCACGAUGGGCCGAAUGAGGCGGUCGAUGCGCUGGAGGAGCUUGUUCAGCGUACUCGGAAAUGA